AGGUGGUCACACUUCUGUUUACAACGAACAUAUGAUGGGCACGCCGGAAUUAAAAAUAAUAUUGGAAUUCAGCGCUGGAGCGGAGUUACUUUUUGGAAACAUCAAACGGCGACAACUUGCCUUGGACGGUGAUCAAAAAUGGACCAUUUCAAACCUGCUCAAGUGGAUGCAUGCAAAUAUUUUAACAGAGCGCCCGGAACUCUUUCUGCAAGGUGAUACUGUACGGCCAGGAAUUUUGGUUCUUAUAAACGAUACUGACUGGGAAUUGCUUGGUGAGCUAGAUUACGAGCUGCAGCCCAACGACAAUGUGCUCUUUAUAUCCACUCUACACGGCGGUUAAAAAAGCUCCUAUAAGUUAUUUAUUUGUAAACGAAAUUUAUAUUUUUAUAUAAAAAAUCAUAAAACUGUAACCGAAAAAGGCAAA